AUGUCUGCAGAAGCCCUGAAAAUAACCUGGCCAGAGCUUACACAUUCAAGAAUCCUAUGGGAUCCUGAACUAGAGGAAGACCACCAACAAGGUGGAUGGAUGAUAUUGAAAAUCACGAUGGUAAGAAAAAGAGAACGCAAAACCAACAUUGGCCUGUCAAGUGAAGAAACAAUGAGUGAAGCAGUAAAAGCUGUUCUUAAAGACAAGAUGCCUAUACGCGAAGCUGCUCGAGAAUACAAUUCUCCAAUACAACUUUACAACGAGGAACAAAUUCUUGCUAGCUAUUUCAUCCAGGCUAGUAAAUUACAUCAUGGUCUUCCACCUGAAGAAGCAAAAAUUCUUGCCUUUCAAUAUGCUACCAGCUUAAAGAAAAACAUUCCAGAAUCUUGGAAAAGAAGUCAAUGUGCUGGCAGAGACUGGCUGGAAGGGUUUAUGAAACGUUCCAAGUAUAUUUCUUUGCGCAAACCAGAAGCUACAUCAAUGGCCAGGUCAAUGGGCUUCAAUAAACCUGUUGUUAUACAGUUUUAUGACAAAUUAUAUAACUUAUUGGAAAAGUACAAGCUCGGACCAGAAAACAUAUACAAUUUGGAUGAAACAGGGAUCACUUCUGUUCAAACUCCAGGCAAAGUACUUGCAAAAAAAGGUACAAAGCAAGUAGGGCAAGUGACCAGUGCAGAAAGAGGCGAGUUGGUCAAUUUAUGUUGCAUCAUCAAUGCAUUAGGAAACUCCAUCCCACCUUUCUUCAUAUUUCCGAGAGUGAAGUUCCUCAAUGCUAUGUUGCAUGGUGCACCUUUAAGAUCUGAUGGAGCUGCAACAGCAUCUGGCUGGAUGAAUUCAGAUAUAUUUUUAUUGGUCAUGAAGCAUUUUAUUAAAUUUUCAAAGUCGUCUCUACAAAACAAAACACUCUUAAUCAUGGACAACCACUACACCCAUGUAAGUAUUGAUGUCAUAGACUUGGCCAAAGAUAAUGGUGUAAUUUUGUUCACCAUUCCUCCCCACUGUACCCACAAGCUGCAAUCGUUUGAUAAAACAGUUUUCGGUCCAUUUAAAAGAUACUAUAAUGAUGCUUGUCGAGCCUGGUUGUUAAAUAACCCAGGAAAAUGCAUCACUAUCCAUGAAAUCGCAGGUCUUGUUGGCAAGUCAUAUCCCCUUGCAUUUUCUACAAGUAAUAUUUUGUCAGGUUUUUCAUCGACAGGAAUUUUUCCUUUUGAUAAAAAUAUCUACAAAGAUGAAGAUUUCACUGCAUCUAAUGUUACAGAUAUUCAAAUGGCAUGUGUCAUGGUUGAAGAUCAACCUCAUAUUUCUCAAGAAGAUAUUUCUCUAGCUGCAUUAGUCGAGCCUAAUGUCGAGACCUCUCAGAAAAAUGUUGCAAUUCCAGGCCCAUCGCAAGCAUUUGAUAAUUUGUCAGAUGUAGAUGAUUUAUUGGAAAACAUUCAUGCACAAAGUGUGUUUCAUGAUGUCUGUAAUAAUAAGUCUUCCACAGAACCUUCAGUUGAAGAAAAUUAUCACGAGCAUCGCUGUGCGGGAACUGCUAGUUAA